UCAAAAAUGAUUAAAAUGAUAGGAAUCUAAUGUAACAAACAAAAUUGUACGUUCAUUCGUCCUCAAGGUGCUGUUUACAUCGAUUAUGUUCAAGCUUUUAGGUUAAUCAAAACAUACUUUUACUUUCGUAGUCAAAUUGGUUCAGUCUUGCCUUUAUUCUACGCAAUUGCUGUCACGUAUAAGAAUGCUACGUCUAAUUUUCACAUUUUUUCUUUUUAAAUUCGGCCAUUGCUUUUUAAUGACGGCUAAAAGCGAUGUAGUAGUUCAAUCUUGCGUUUCUCGCGUAAUUUCUUCAAUUUUUGGAAGCGAGUCUACUUUGUAUUACGUUUUCCAAGGAGAACGUCGAGACGCACUACCGUUCGAUGUGGUUAAUCCCAUUGUAACAUUCAACGUUAGCAACCCUAUAAUACUCACUGGUACGAGGAGGGAGAAACAGUUCGUAAUUCAAUGGGACUACUUCGAAGAUGAUGUUUUUGGCAAGAUGAUGAAGAGCGAGUUAUGGGUGCACAGAUUUAUGGGUACCUCUGUAUUCUUAAUUAUUACGAAGGAUCUUAAAAUGUUAACUGACUUGUUUUUUUAUAUGUGGCAAAGAGGAUUGAUUUACGUGGCCCUGAUGAUUACUCACGAAAACGCUGCCUUAACCACACUGCAUACAGCCUUUCCUUUUGGACCCAAUCAGGAAAUUCAAUGGGAAAUGCAGUUCUGUGAAGACCCGCAAAUGAGGAAUACAAUCUUGAAGCCAAUCAAAAACUACAACCGUUUCGUGUCUUAUCUCAUGGAACCCUCAAUAACAACUUGGGAAAACUCACGUAUUAAUAAAUUAGCGACAGUAAGCAAGCGUCCUGCACUGUUUCUUAACCAACACGUAUUUGGUAUUACACCUUACGAUUUGUUUUCACUGAAAAUCAGUGGUGUCACUAAGCCCCAUUUACGAGGAGAGUGGGUUUGGAUGGUUCCUCAACCAAAGCAAAUUGUUGGACCGGCGAUUUUUAUUCGACGAUUUGAAGUAGAAGUCUGGAUAGGGACGGUAUGUGCAUUUCUUGGUCUCACUUUUGUGCUGUGGUUAGCUUUGCGAAAGUCUGACGUGACUAAAAUCUGUUUAGAUGUGUUUUUACUAACAAUUUUUGGUCUUAUUGAUAAAAUGCCGACUACUGCAAUGCUACGUUAUGUGAUCCUACUGUAUAUUAUAUACAGUAUCCACAUCCAGACCGCAUACAUAUCUAACUUGGUUCCCAGUUUGACACUUCCUCAAUACGAAAAAGGCAUAAGAACUAUUGAGGAUUUAGCCAACUCCAAGUUUCCCAUCUAUGAUACUGAGAGCGAGACUGAUCGCUCAGAUAUUAUUCCGGCAAACGAUACUACAUCAAAGAAAGCUCUUCGAUCCAGAAUCAACCAGAAAAUCAUUUACUUGAAAUUAGAUGAAAACAUGCUAUUCGACAUGUUAAAGGAGUGGAAUAACUUUUCUUUUAAAGCGACAUCCUUCCGUGUAGAGCAAUUUGAGACAGUCCGAAAUUAUACUAUCCCUAAUACUAUAAUUGAUAAUGCGUUUAGUGGACUAAUCCAGAUCUCUUAUACGAUGCUCACUGCAAGAGGAGAACAUUACUUUUUAGAUACAUUAAACGAAAUGGUCGACAUGCUUACCGAAAGUGGGAUUUAUCAGAAACACGAACGAGACGUGGACGAGCGACUUCAAGACGUUGCAAGAUCUAGAAUGAUCCCUCAUGAACCCGUAGCUCUGGAUUUGCGUCACCUUUACGGUUUAUUCAUUAUCUACGGAUUUGGAUUGGCCAUAUCUUUUAUCGUACUACUGGGAGAAUGCGUUCUCGGGAGACUUAGUCCCUAAUGCACAAUAUAUUAAUCUCGAUUGAUUGUAUUUUUAUUGAAAUGUUAUUUUUAUGAUCGCUAGACGUGUAUUGCAUAUGUGCAUUGUGUGAAAUAAAUUAUCUUUCCUUCGCAAAUCCAAAGUGUCACUAAAAAUAUACACAACCGCUUUUAGAUCGACAGCUGGCUUAACUCGAAAUGCUCGGUUAAGCCUUGUGCUGUAAAAACAUUGUAAUGGUCCCUGGGAGUCUAUCAAGUCGACACUGAAAACGUUGACUCACCCUAUACUUACCAUUGACAACUCUGCCAAAAAUCUACAAGCAGAGCCACCUACUUUUCAAGUCGAAACGAUGGACGUUUCGCGGCACUUUUGAAUUUGAAUGGCAGUCGGUUAUAUAUGGGUGGCAUGAAUGAACUCCUACGUGGUGUAAUCGGUUCUUGUAUGUGUUGGGACGUAAGACAUAAUCGGGAAGAGAGUUAAAUA